AUGCAACUUUCUCAGCUCCUCCUGACUACCCUCCUCGCCGCUCCCGCGGUACUCGCUGCCCCCGUCGCCGGCGUCUCCAUGAUGGCCGCCGGUCCUGAGUGGACCAUCGAAAGCAUGAAGCGCGUUUGCGCCUCCGACGAUUCCUCCUGCACCUGGACCUUCGGCAUCUACCCGGGCUCCGGCGAUGCUACUUCCUGCAAAUACGUCGUGACUGCCAACACUGCCUCCCAGGCCAACGGCGGCCCCUCCACGUGCGGCGACUACACCAUUACCUCUGGCUGGAGCGGCCAGUUCGGUGCCGGCAAUGGCUUCACCACCCUCUCCGUUGUCAACGACCAGACCCGCCAGAUUAUCUGGCCCGCCUACACCGAUAAGCAGCUUGCUGGUGGCAAUGUUGUCACGCCUGACCAGAGCUACGCCCCCGCUGCUCUCCCUUAA